AUGAAGAAGCCUCAAAAGAUGGACCUCUAUUGCCAAGCUGUUGAGCAGGCCGCUGAGACCUGGGAGACUGUGAAGCAAUUGCCAAACUACGAGGAGCUUGUGGGCGAAUUGCUCUUUCGAGAAAUCUUUGAGAUUGCGCCCGCAGCACUCCAUUUGUAUUCUUUUGGUGGCGACAAGGAGAUUUCGCAAGACAACAAAGUCCCCAGUUCUGUGUUUGCAUCACCUGCUUUUCUGGCUCACGCCAAAGGCGUCGUGGCCAUGCUGGAGUGCGUCAUCACCAUGAUGUUGGGCCAGGACAUGGAACGGCUAGCGACAUCUCUACACGCCUUGGGAAGCCGUCAUGUGGACUAUGGUGUCCAUCCAGCACACUACAGCGUUGUGGAGACUGCCUUGCUUCGAACCUUGGCGGGUGCCCUCGGUGACCAGUGGACAGAGGAUGUGAAACGAGGGUGGGCGGCAGUAUUCAAGUUCAUCAGCAAAGCCAUGAUGUCAGGGGCCGGUGCCGAACUUCAGAUCAUUAAGGAUAGACGGCGAAUGCUGGAGCGGAACAAGUCUGCCACACUGAGACUGAAAGUGAUUGGAAACAGCAAUGGGAUCUCACGUUUGUCACGGAGUGGAGUGAGCACUGUCAGGAGCCGACAUUCCCAACCAAAGACCCGCAACACAAGUCCCAGCAGUGAUCCACCCAGAAUGCCUUCUCGAGGAGGAAGAGGACGACGACGCCGUCGUGGUUCCAACCUCAGCAACCAUAGUGGCAGCAGCAGUGAUGGCAGCAGCAGUGGUGCUCGAGUGAGUCGACGAUGGUCCGAUUUAAGUCCCUUUCGAGAAGACGACGAGCUGACGGCCUCCUCGUCCGAGGAAGACAGCCGGUUUCGAGAAAUGGCUGUCUCCCCGAGGACAACGCAGCCUUGCAGACAGGCACCGCUGCCGGACAUCAUUGUCUUUCACAAGGAAGGCAGGAUGAGAUCCCAGGACAAAGACAAACCCGAUGGCCACUCUGACCAGGCUCCCAAAAAACCGACACGGUUGGGCUCUAUGGAGACUGAGGAGAAUGGUGACAGCUUCUUGGUCUGCAAGGUGGAAAAGAACAGAGUCUCGCAGGACAAUAUGGAAAUGACGGUCGACUCCACGUCCACCUACGACGAUGAGCUUCUAGUGAGGGAAAACGACACCUACUGGAGAGAAGAACUCAUAAAAGUGGUUCAUGUGUAG